CAGCGAGCAGCACAAGUGUAUAAAUAAGCUGCUCGUCAUUUGGUCCUGCAUAUCUUCCAUCAGAAGUGAGAACUACCUUAGUGAAAAUACCAUGUCUGGACGUGGCAAAACCGGUGGAAAGACCCGCGCUAAGGCCAAGACCAGGUCAUCCCGGGCAGGACUCCAGUUCCCGGUGGGUCGUGUCCACAGGCUGCUCCGCAAGGGCAACUACGGCGAGCGUAUCGGCGCCGGUGCUCCCGUGUACAUGGCGGCCGUGCUGGAGUACCUGACCGCCGAGAUUCUGGAGUUGGCGGGGAACGCAGCCCGCGACAACAAGAAGUCUAGGAUCAUUCCCCGCCAUCUGCAGCUGGCCGUCCGCAACGACGAGGAGCUCAACAAACUCCUGGGAGGCGUCACCAUCGCCCAGGGCGGCGUGUUGCCCAACAUCCAGGCGGUGCUGCUCCCUAAGAAGACCGAGAAGGCCUCCAAGAAGUAAAUUGAUGACCAGCAACAAUAUCACAAAAGGCUCUUUUAAGAGCCACACAACUCUUCUUUGAGUCAAUCAUCCUCAUCAAAUAUGUCAAAUUACACUAUACUAAUACAAGUAAUAUAUACAUUAAGAUUGUCGUUAUAAUCAUCAUCUUUAUUUGUUCUCUUAUAAAAAGUUCUCCUGUCACUCAAUAUAA